GUGAUGGUGUUGCCCCCCAGCCCCUCAAAAGACCCCACUUUCCUUCUUGGGGGGGGCUUUUUAAGGGAGGAGGAUUGUUUGCUGCUACUCUGCGACCCCCCCCCCCAAUCCACCCUCCUCUGACCAAGCUUAGUAGGAAGGAAGCCAGCCAGGCCACACGCACCCCCUUCUAUUCAGUCAGCUUCCCCCCCACUCUUUUUCAUUACUCCCAAGGUGGGAAGCGCGCGUGGGAUCGCCGCCCCUUCUCUGCUCCGCUCCCUCCCCCGUUGCGCGCGUGCGCUUCGGAGCCAGCUCCCGCCGGGGGUCCUCUCCCAGCGCAAAGUGAGGGGUGUGUGUGUGUUUGUGUGCUUUUAACUUUCCGGAGGAGCGGGGUUAACAAGUCCUCGAGCCCCACCACUUCGAAAACAAAGCAAAGCAGCAGCAGCAGCUGAGCGGACGUGCCUGGGAGUUGGUGGACGCGGGGAGCUUGUGCGAGCGCCGACCUCGGAAGGCGUGUUUGCUCGGAAGUUCUAAAGGGCAGCUAAACCAUUGCAUAAGUUGAGCCACAUCUGGGCCAUGUCGUCUAUAUUACCGUUUACUCCACCUGUUGUGAAGAGACUGUUGGGAUGGAAGAAGUCUGCCACUGGUUCAGGAGGUGCUGGUGGGGGUGAGCAGAAUGGUCAGGAAGAAAAAUGGUGUGAGAAAGCAGUGAAAAGUUUGGUGAAGAAGCUCAAGAAGACAGGACAACUGGAUGAGCUUGAAAAAGCAAUCACCACUCAAAAUUGCAAUACAAAAUGUGUUACAAUACCAAGCACUUGCUCUGAAAUUUGGGGACUGAGUACACCAAACACGAUAGAUCAGUGGGAUACCACAGGCCUAUACAGCUUCUCUGAACAAACCAGGUCUCUUGAUGGCCGCCUGCAAGUAUCCCACCGUAAAGGAUUGCCACAUGUUAUUUACUGCCGUUUGUGGCGCUGGCCUGACCUUCACAGUCACCAUGAACUUAAGGCAAUUGAAAACUGUGAAUAUGCUUUUAAUCUUAAAAAGGACGAAGUAUGCGUAAACCCUUACCAUUACCAGAGAGUGGAGACUCCAGUUCUGCCUCCUGUCCUCGUACCACGACAUACAGAGAUCCUGACUGAACUUCCACAACUUGAUGACUAUACUCAUUCCAUUCCCGAAAACACUAACUUUCCAGCAGGAAUUGAACCACAGAGCAAUUACAUACCAGAAACACCACCGCCCGGCUAUAUCAGCGAAGAUGGAGAAACCAGUGACCAGCAGUUGAACCAAAGCAUGGAUACAGGAUCUCCAGCAGAGCUGUCUCCCAGUACACUCUCUCCUGUCAAUCACAGCCUGGACCUGCAGCCAGUUACCUACUCAGAGCCUGCUUUUUGGUGUUCUAUAGCAUAUUAUGAAUUAAAUCAGAGGGUGGGAGAAACCUUCCAUGCGUCACAGCCUUCACUUACUGUAGAUGGCUUUACGGAUCCAUCAAACUCUGAAAGAUUCUGCCUAGGCUUGCUCUCCAAUGUUAAUAGAAACGCCACUGUGGAGAUGACAAGAAGGCACAUAGGGAGGGGAGUGCGCCUGUAUUACAUUGGCGGAGAGGUUUUUGCUGAGUGCCUAAGCGAUAGCGCAAUCUUUGUUCAGAGCCCCAAUUGUAAUCAGAGAUAUGGCUGGCAUCCUGCAACCGUGUGCAAAAUCCCGCCAGGCUGCAACCUAAAGAUCUUUAAUAACCAGGAAUUUGCUGCUCUUUUGGCUCAGUCUGUAAAUCAGGGCUUUGAAGCAGUGUAUCAGCUAACCCGAAUGUGCACCAUAAGGAUGAGUUUUGUUAAAGGAUGGGGCGCUGAAUACAGGCGGCAGACGGUAACAAGCACUCCCUGUUGGAUCGAGCUUCACCUGAACGGGCCUUUACAGUGGCUGGACAAAGUAUUGACUCAGAUGGGCUCUCCCUCAGUGCGCUGCUCCAGCAUGUCGUAACGCUCCUCGUCUCCACUAGCGCGCUUGUCCAGGCAACAGACUUAAAUAUUAACAGCUCGUCUGUCGUAGUAACUCGUGUGUGGUCUCCAUGAACUGUUUCCUAUCCAAAAAGUUCAGAGAGAGAGAGAGAGAGAGAGAGAGAGAGACAGAAAAGCACUUGAGGGUCUCAUCAGUUUCUAAGCACCUUGUGGGUUUUGUUUCCUAUACUCUGAUGCUCUAGAUGAAAAGUUAGUGUAUAGAAACGCCUUCUGCCGAAGGAGGGAGGGACAUAUUAAAUACUUUAAUGGUGUUUUUUAUUGGGUAUAUAUAAAUUGAGUGUCCUAAAGGUUUACCAAUAACAUGAGUGGUUCAGUUAAUGUAUCAUGGGACCCCCCCCCCCCAAUUUUGACACCAUUCUGCUGUCCUGAGUUUAAAUUCCCAUUGAUAGAUGUGCGGAGCUCCUUGACUUAGGCAGCCAUCUCGUAAAAAAGCCCAAGUUCUUGCUUCUCUAUAUUUUUUUAUAUUUUUAUAUAUAAAUAUAUAUGCAGGCUUUCCGCUGCCCUAUAACAGACUUUAUGCAGAAAAUCUCCUCUCCCCCCCCCCUUUUCCAAGUGUACUAGCUGUCACCUUAAAAACCCCUCUUUGGAGCGGGAGCGAUUCUUGGGUUCCAUCUCUUGAAAUCUUGCAUGUUGAGUAUGCUUAGUGGGCCUGAAAUAGGCAGUGCCACGUUCAACCUUUCACUCCUUGCCCCCACGCCCACCUCCCCCGGGCCAAACCAUGCUUUAAAAAAUAGAUCCUUCCAUUGCCCACCUAAAGUAGUGGCAUCUGUUGCCGGCGAUGGGUGCUGCCGGCCCUGAGGUCCAGCUUGCACCUUAGUUCAAAAAUAUGGCAGGCGGUCGUUCCUGGGAGAUGCACCAACAGGCCACUGUGUGUGGUCUUCUGACUUCUGACUAGGGUUAAGAGGUCACAAGGAGGAUUAUUCUUCCCUGCCUUCUCCUCCCUCCUGCCCCGUUAGCCAUGGUUAAUUACCAUGGAAUCAACAUUAAUAUUCUAAUGGUUUUUCACCUUGACCAUGGCUAACAAAUGCUACUGGGGUCAUGCUUAGCUGGGAUCCAGGAGGGAGCGGAGGGGUUCAGACCUGGGUGGAAGCGAGGAAUCUCUUAACUGCCGGCAUCAGCCCUUUGCCUGGAGUGUUGCAAUCUCUUAAAUUCUAGAUCUGCAGCGCAUGCGCACAUGCAGCUGUUGCAAAAUAAGUUUUUUUGACAGAAUAAUCCACAUUUUUCUCCCAAGAAAGACUUGUUCACCACCUUCAGAUUGGUGAGUGUGUACUUUCAAAGCAGCACCCUUAUUUUUCAGUAGUGACAAGCGAGCAGCUGUAAGAUGUUGCUGGUCCUUUUGUAUCUCGAAACCCUUUAUGCGAACUUUCCCUUAUCCAGACAGCAGAGAUGAGUAUGUGAAAUGCAGGAGUUGAACUCUAUCCCUUUGCACUCGGCAGGGGUUUGUUUGUUUGUUUGUUUGUUUAAAAGGUUGCCAGGAUGCAACCCAGAGUCUCAUCUCCGUUGCUCUUAAAUCCAUUGCUAAAAUGCCGGAGAAACAAACUCCAGUUCCUCUCCCUCCUAAGGUGUAGUGGGACUCCAGAUACGCAGAUUGAAAGGAACGGUUGAGAGCAGCCGCACCAUCAAUUAUCUCCUGCUUCACUGGUAGAUUUUUAAAGAUAAAAGUCUAAAUCAGAUUUAAUCUGGCUGCCCUACCAGUUUUUCCCUCUCUCCCACACAGUGAAAUGUAACUUCCACAAGGGUUUGAACAUAAAACUUAACAUUUCUUUGAAGGUUUACCAGGCUGGUCCGAACAAAAUUGUAUGGCUUUGCUUAAUGAGCAUCCAUUGCAGAAGGAGUGGAUCUUGCCGAAGUCACUGCUUCUGCAGACUCCCUAGGCUGGGUGUUGCGACCAGCCAUAAAAAGAGAAGAUUCCCUAGUACAUGUUAUUGAGAACCCUUGGACACUACAUCUGAACCUUGCUUUAAGAAAUAUUUUGAAUUAUAUUCUACAGAUAAGUCUGGGUUGGGUAAGGGUUGGGAAACUGUAUAGGAGGGUUAUUCUGACUUGAAAAGUAUACAUCUUACUAACAAUCUUGUGAUCUAGCCGUCUGUCAUUCUCAUGUUGUUGUGGCAGUAGCAGGAUUGCCUUUUUUUGUCUGUUUUCUUUCCUCCCCCCCCACGCCCCACCCCAAAUCGUUUAUUUGCACUAGUAUUGUACUUUGUAAGUACACCUAGUGACAACUUCAGCUUUGAGAACAAACGUGGCCAGUGUUAAGCUUUGCAAUCAGCUGACUGAACGGAAGAUAAAUGAUGGAUUUUUUUAUGCCUUAAGAGAUAGGGCAUAGGAGCAAUACCAAAUAUCGAGCCUGAGGGUGGGCAAUCAAAGUGGGUCAGACAAUUUUAAAAGAAUUGGCGAAGCCAUUACCAAUUUGUGUAGUUUUACCAGUAGCCUAAUGUAUUGGUAGAACUUGUGAACCUAAGAAAUAAGCUUUCAUGCGUGUUGCAUUUGCCUAAUAUGUGAAUACACUAAUAAAAAAAGUUUAAUUCUCA